UGGCUUCUAAAGAUAUCCUGGGACGAUGAACUACCUAAUGACGUCACGCAACUCUGGGUUCGAUUCGUCUCAUCAUUACCUAUUCUUGAUAAAAUAAGAAUCCCGCGUCAUGCUAUAGGUAUAAAUCCAAAAUUUAUUGAAUGUCACGUAUUUGUCGACGCUUCUCAGUCGGCAUAUGGGACGUGUAUUUACUUACGCACCAUCAGUGCUGAUAACGAUAACACACCACACAGUGUUACAAUGCGUUUGUUGUGUUCCAAGGGUCGCGUCGCGCCGAUCAAGCCUGUCAGCAUCCCGCGACUAGAGCUAUGCGGUGCUUUGCUAGGUGCACGAUUGUAUACAAAGACCCAGAUGACUUAACUCCACUUAGCCCUGGUCACUUCCUGGUUGGUCGGCCGCUGACGGCGCCCGCCUGCCCCGACUACAGCGCCACGCCCACGCACCGACUGUCACGAUACCAAAGGCUGGAACAAAUACGACAGCAAUUCUGGUCCCGCUGGGCCAAGGAGUAUGUUUCUGAGUUGCAGGUUCGAGUGAAGUGGUGGCAAAAUAAUACCGACCUUCAACCCAACACAUUGGUCGUCAUAAAAGACGACAACUUGCCGCCGUUGAAAUGGCAAAUGGGCCGCGUGGAGAAGACCUUCCCAGGCAAAGACGGGAUCUCGAGGGUGGCCGACAUCCGUACGUCCUCAGGCAUCCUCAGACGACCGUACACGAAGAUUUGUCCUCUUUCAGCUGAUGGCCAUGAUACUUAAUUACCUAAAAUUUCAUUGAAACUGGAUCAUUUCAAGGCCGGGGGCAUGUUGAAGACGCACGCACACAUGCAUAUGACCUAUAGACGACGCACACAACUACAGAUGGUCAUCAACCAAUCACACGGCGCCGCGAUGUCGUGAUAAAUCAUUUCAUUGGCUAUUUACAUGUUCCCUUCCCCUUGUCCUCGAUCUAUGUAACCAAAAAUUAUUAAUAUAUUACCUGUUUGAGUUUUG